CCGGAGCAUCACUGAGUCUGAAAGCAGCUGAAGCUGAGCUGAGCGUCCAGCAGCGAGAUCAACCUCUCACUCGGAGCAGCGAGAUGGCCUCAAAAUGUCCCAAAUGUGACAAAACGGUGUAUUUCGCGGAGAAGGUGACUUCUCUGGGGAAAGACUGGCACAAGUUCUGUCUGAAGUGUGAGCGCUGCAACAAGACCCUGAACCCUGGAGGACACGCCGAGCAUGAUGGGAAGCCAUACUGCCACAAGCCAUGCUACGCUGCCCUCUAUGGGCCCAAAGGUGUAAAUAUUGGAGGUGCUGGAUCGUACGUGUAUGAGACGCCGGUCAAUGAUGCUCCUGUCAGCACUGGAACAGAACCGGAGCCCAAAGCUGAAGAGAAGAAAGCGGGUCCUCCGAACCGCGGACCAGUGAAGGCUGCGAGCUUCUCAUCUUUCUCUGGACAGCCCAACAUCUGCCCACGCUGCAGCAAAACUGUGUAUUUUGCUGAGAAGGUGACGUCUCUGGGUAAAGACUGGCAUAGGCCCUGUCUGCGCUGCGAGCGCUGCAGUAAGACUUUGGCUCCAGGGAGCCAUGCUGAGCAUGAUGGUCAGCCGUACUGCCAUAAACCGUGCUACGCAGUGCUCUUCGGACCGAAAGGAGUGAACACUGGAGGGAUGGGGAGCUACAUCUACGAGGAGCCGAGCGCCGAGAAUCAGCCGUGAAAAAAAAGAGUUUAACUCGUCCUGGCCUGCUCAUCUAGUUCAAACCAGUUUUAUCCUCUAUAUCUCGAAUGUGUGGAACUAACUAGUUUAUCGUGUGCCAAUCUCAUUUACUAAUUAAUAAGAACCUUACACGAGCAUAGCCUUGCCGUAUUUAUAUACUUUGUACUUUUUUAAUAUAGAAGACGUAGCAUUUAGCUGAAUUUGCUAGCUGCCACCGGCUGAACAGUGUUACUUAUCUUGAUCUGUGAUGUUUUUAAUGAACAACACCUACACGAUAGUUGAUGUAAGAGGCCUUUUUGGCCCACUUAAUUUAUUGUUUAUUGACUGUGCCUGUUUUCUAUUGGUUAACUGUGCACCUAUUUGCUUGUUACUGUUGAUGAUGUCACAAAGUUUUGUACAAUUAAAAAAAGCGUGUUGUGAA